GACGCUUCCCCAGGAAUAGAGCUGCUGGCCGGAGGCUGUAUAUAUGCAUGGAACAUCCUGUACUACGACCAUGGAGAUACUUGCAUCAACGGCUUCUUACACUUUGCAUUUUAUCAAGUACAACAAGUCCAACACAAAUGGCUCGUCCCGAAGCUGCCUUGAGCGGAUCUCAGAAAGUCGAUACACAGCCGGUAACCGAGGUCGCAAUGGACAGCGAAAAAUAUGCCACAGGAGAACAGAUCGAGGCUCUGGUGCAGGAGGAACACACCUUGACCUUUCGCGACGUUUGCAGCCAAUAUCCAAAGAUCGUCUGGUGGUCCUUUUUCUGGUGCAUGUCUGCCGUGGCUUGGGGCUUCGAGAUGUCGGUCAACAACGCAAUCAUUGGCGUUCCUGCCUUCCGCACCUACUUCGGCAAUACGUACAAUGGUGAAGCAGUCAUUCCGGCCGAGUGGGUCAGCGCUUUCGGGGUUUGCAGCUACUGCGGCCUCUUCUUCGGCGGAUUCAUCUGCAGUGCCAUUUCAGACAGGUUUGGUCGACGACCAGGAUUGGCCAUCGGGGUCCUCGUCGCCACCGGUGGAAUCUUUGGAGAGAUAUUCAGCACAACUCGCCCCGCUUUUCUUGUCAGCAAGCUCAUCCUAGGAGUGGGAGUGGGCUUCUAUCUGACUUUGGGGCCUGUCACUUGCUCCGAAUUCGCGCCCACCGUGCUCAGAGGUCUCUCGACGGCAGGAAUCAACCUCGGCAUUGGGAUUGGCGGACUGCUUUCCAACGCGGUGACGAGGGGGUUUGGCACUCGUCCUGAUCGGUGGGCAUACAAGGCUCCUUUUGCAAUCCAACUUUUCUUUUCCCUCAUGUUGCUUGUCGGCGUGGCCUUUUCUCCCGAGUCGCCGUGGUUCUUGAUGCGCGUCGGACGAGUUGACCAAGCACGCAAGACGUUGAUAUCACUCUACAAGUCCGAGACGGAGGCCGAUGAAAGGAUUGCGGACAUGGCGGCCACCAUCCAGAUGGAAUCCCAAAUGGAACAGCCCAGCUACCUCUCGGCUUUCAAAGGCACGGACCGCAUCCGCACGUUGAUCUCGAUGGGCGUAUUCUUCGCCCAGCAAGCCGUUGGGGUCAUCUUCGUUCUCAGCUAUGCGACUUACUUCUUCCAACUGGCCGGUAUGAAGGCGGCGGAUGCAUUGAACCUCGGCGUGGGGAUCAGUGCUUGCGGUGUUGUGGGCAACGUUGUAGCCUGGUUCAUACUCAACCGAAUCGGUCGGCGCCUUCUUUUCGUCGGCGGCGUCGCUGGUUGCACGGUCAUCUUGUUGCUGGUCGGAAUCCUGGACGUUGUUCCCACGCAGGAUGCCAAAUGGGCACAGGGAGCCAUGUGCGUCAUCUAUGCCUUUGUCUACUUUUUGACGCUUGGGGCAAUCGCCUUCGUCCUGCUGGGAGAAGUGUCCUCUCUCGCGCUUCGAGCAAGAACCACGGCUCCUGCAACCGCGACUCAAGCUGCCCUUGGCAUUGCUUUGCAAGUUGCGAUCCCGUAUAUGGUGAAUCCUGAUGCUGGCAACUUGAAGGGGAAAGUUGGAUUCGUCUUUGGCGGAACAUCUCUCAUUGCAACCAUCCUCUCCAUUUGGUACAUUCCCGAGUUGAAGGGCCGAACCUACGGUGAGAUUGAUACCAUGUUUAUCAACCGUGUCCCGCCAAGGCACAUGGGUUCCCACAUAUUGAACUAGGUAUAUAUCACAAACAUCACUGGAUGGAGAGUUGUAGAUGCCCUGUGGCAUGAAAUGCAAGAACUUGAUGUCAAGCGAGCGACUUGGAGAUCAUAACAAGGAGGUCAUGAUGUUGUAGAAACUACCAUAGUGUGUGAGAGUUGUAGAAUUGUGAAGAGGAUGCAAUAUCUCAGAAAGAUGUAGCUCCGCAGGCAGGGAGCGAGACAGAUUGCCAAUUAACCAGUGGUAGACAAACCGCUAGAGCGAAAGGGAUGUGUGACUGUGGCUCACGAACCUGCCCUUAUCCACCUUUAUGGCGUUAACUGCCUAGGUAGUAAUAUCACCUUUUAGAGUUGGCCAA